AUGGCCGCCUCCCUUUCUGGCUUAUCUGCCUCCGUCACCCGCAUUCUCUACCUUACCGGCUUUCCCAAGGAACUCAAGACAAAGGACAUACAGACAGCAUUCUCGGAGUAUGAGUCUCAAUCCGGCGGCUUCAAGAUCAAGUGGAGGGACGACACCAGUCUCCUCAUCGUCUUUCAGGACGCUUCAGUUGCGAAGCGCGCUUAUUUGAACACCCUUGCUUUUCCUCCGGCGAUCCUUACAUCAUCAGGAAGAGUCGCGGCGACGAUCAAGCCAUACGAUGGGCCAGAUGCGCAGAGCGUCAUCCAGACAGUCAAUUCACGGGGGCAGCACAACCUCAAUAACCCCUCACGCUCGCAUCACCCCCGUGCAGCAUCUGUCUCUGUUUUCCCCAACGCCCGCAGCAACUCUGGCUCCAACGGAUAUCCGAACACCAACGGCAAUCACUUCCAGCGUAAUAACGCUGCUACCGCACCUAGUGGCCAGCAGAACGCUACGCCUCCAGAACGCAGCGAUCAACCAUCACCAACGCUGCCAAACCUUCCAUCCCAUCCAACAUUGAACGCGCUCAUCAGCUCGUCUUUAGGCGAAGCCGUCGCUGGUACGAGCUCGGGUCUUCCCUCCGACCCAGCCAUCUUAGCGACGAGCUUGCAGCAGCAGCCAGAUUCCCUGAGCGGACCUAGGAUCGGAGACCCAGGCAAGCGCAUGCUGGGUGCGGCGUUGGGUGUGAGGCACCCAGGACUUGGGCCACGAGUGCUUAGUGGCAGCGGCGGCCCUGCGAAUAGCAAGGGCAUCGACCAUAUGAGGGAUGUUCAGAGGGCGAUGGGAGGCCUCGUUGUUGCCGAGUAA